AAUGACACUGUUAAAAAGAACAAGACUAUUAAUUGUAAACAAUUGUAAAAAAAAACAUUUUGCAAAAACUCCAUUAUUUAUAUUAUUUUUGAGUUUAUUUCCUACAAAACAUGUAUUCCAGUGUAAAACGAGAAAUACCAGAAUUUAUACAAGAAUAUAUGGUUUUCUGUGAUUGUUUUAUUGAUAUUAAAAAGGAAAAAACCUGCUGGGUAUUAACCAAAAAUUUGAAAUUUAUGGAAUUUUGGCAAAAACAACUUGUUGCUAGCAUUGAUCUUAGUACAUCUUGUUUGAGUAAAAUCGCUAAGGAUUUGCAAAAAUAUAAAGGACCUAAAGGAAAAUGGUUCGAAAACUCGUCCAACCUCUUACCGCAAAUGACAGAAAAUGAGCAAAAUCGAAUAUCUAUUGGCAAAUAUAUGUUUCACGCCGUAAAUAUUUAUAAAAUCUACGUUAUUAUACAGUGUUGGGACAAGUGUAUUGUUUUAAUGCGUUUACCAGAUUUUAAAGGAUUUGAAAUUAAAGCUGAAUAUGAAGAUGUACAUAGUUAUAGCAUAGUACAUGGCACAAUUAAAUUUUGUCCAGUAAUUGAAUUUAAAUUUCAAAAUAAACCUAGCAUGAAAACAGAUUUUCAAGAACAACAUACUACAAGAGAAGAACACGAUUUGGAAAGCAAAAAGUUUGAGUUACGUCAAUUGUUAGAACGCAUACGUAGCGCCAAGACAGAAUUACAAUUACACAAGUCCAUCACGGCUCAUUCGUUUCAUAAGGUACAAAAUAAUCAAACGUUAGGACAGUCUUUUUUGCGUACUAUUAAAAUAGAAGAAAAACAAAUAUUAAACAGAUGUGGGGAUAUUUGGAAAAGAUUUACAGCACAUGAUGAUUUGGUUAUAGGCGUACCAUUAGUAAAUCAAUGUGCUGCUCCCAAUCUUACCAUUAUACGCAAUCUAAUACCGGUACUUCAAACAAAUCAAUCUCCCGAACAUUCAAUACAACUGCAAUAUCGCAUGUUUCAAUUAAAGCUAAAAUUUGACCAAUUAGAUGCUUUUGAGACAUUUCUAGAAAGUGAAGAUGAACAACUGCAGGAAAACGUUUGGUCUUCUAAAGGAGAUUUACAAAUACUACCAGAAUCAUUUGUAGUUUUACUUAUCAAGUUGAAAAUAUCUCAAAUAAUUUCAUUAAAGCAGUGUCCACUUUUUAUAAAUUAUGAAGUGGUAAGACAUUUGAAUUUAACACCGGACCCAACAAAAUCAACAUUCAUCAUGUCAUUGCAACUUUUUUUGCAAAAUUUGGAUUUCCAUAAACUACUUUUUGAGGAACGAUCGCAAUGCGAGCUAAACUUUUUGCCUCCUACACUACAUCAAGAUUUUCUUACAAUUGCCAUGACAUCACAAGAAAUAAAUUUGAAAAUCACCUUCUCAAAUAUAAAAGAUUUGGAAAUCUUUGAACAUUUCCUAAAGGAAAAUUUAAAUUUUUUGAAGCCAUCUUCAUCAUUAGAUUGCCAUUCAAACAAUUUUAACUUUCCUAUAGUAUAUUACAACAAAAAUCCUUCAUCAUUAUGGUAUGGCAGUCUUAUAAAGCGUUUGAAUGAAAUAUCUGAAAACGACAGCGAUCAGUGUCUAACAAAAUGGAAAUUAUAUUGCCAAAGUUAUGAUAAAACGCUACUGUUAGUAAAAACAUUUCUAAAUGAUCUGCUGUCGGUGAAAUGUAACAUUAUCUCUAUUGCAAAUUGUGAUCGAGAUAAAAACGCUGCUAAAUGCGUUCUAAAAUUCGAAAAUGCAUUACGCCAAGAACUAGAAAAAAUUCAAGAUAUAGUGCGAAAUGCAAAAAAUAUUAAAACUCCACAAGAUUAUUUAAGUAGUGUGGAAAAUCUUUGUCAACUACAAAUGAAUUCCGAUAUUAUAGCUAUAGAUGUAAUGGAAAAUAAAAUAAACAUGUAGUAAUAAAAUA